ACAGCAUCUAUCUCUCAUGUGAUGCAAACACGGAAAACGGAAGAGAAGUUCGUGCUCUCGGGGUGAAUCUACAGUGAUCAUGCAGAGUACCUCUAAUUACCUGUGGCUGAUGUCCGACCUGCUGGGACAGGGAGCAACAGCCAAUGUGUACCGCGGUCGACACAAGAAAACUGGCGAUCUCUUUGCAUUCAAAGUGUUUAAUAAUCUGAGUUUCCUGCGGCCGCUGGAUGUCCAGAUGAGAGAGUUUGAAGUGCUUAAAAAACUGAACCACAAAAACAUCGUGAAGCUGUUCGCCGUGGAGGAGGAGUCGAACACGCGUCACAAGGUGCUGGUGAUGGAGUACUGUCCCUGCGGCAGUUUAUACACGGUGCUGGAGGAACCAACAAACGCUUACGGGCUCCCGGAGGACGAGUUCCUCAUAGUGCUACAGGAUGUUGUGGCAGGAAUGAAUCAUCUGAGAGAGUACGGGAUCGUUCAUCGAGACAUCAAACCCGGAAACAUCAUGCGGAUGAUCGGAGAAGACGGACGAUCCGUCUAUAAACUGACCGACUUCGGAGCGGCGCGUGAGCUGGAAGAUGAUGAGCAGUUUGUGUCGCUCUACGGCACGGAGGAAUAUCUGCAUCCUGACAUGUAUGAGCGUGCAGUUCUGAGGAAAGAUCAUCAGAAGAAAUAUGGCGCCACGGUGGACUUGUGGAGCAUCGGAGUGACGUUUUAUCACGCCGCCACCGGCAGUCUUCCGUUCAGACCGUUUGAAGGGCCGCGCAGAAAUAAGGAAGUGAUGUAUAAAAUCAUCACAGAGAAGCCGCCGGGCGCCAUCUCGGGACAUCAGAAGUUUGAGAAUGGGAAGAUCGAGUGGUGCACGGAGAUGCCCGUGUCCUGCAGCCUGGCAAAGGGUCUUCAGAGUCUUCUCACUCCCGUGUUGGCGAACAUUCUGGAAGCGGAUCAGGAGAAGUGUUGGGGAUUUGACCAGUUCUUUGCAGAAACCAGUGAUAUUUUACACCGUAUCGUGAUCUAUGUGUUCAGUCUGCAGCAAGCCACGCUUCACCACAUCUACAUCCACACAUACAACACAGCCAGUCUCUUUCAAGAGCUUCUCUUCAGACGGACCAACAUAACGCCAUCCCAUCAGGACUUCCUGUAUGAGGGCAGACGCCUGAUCCUCGACCCAAACCGACAAGCUCAGAACUUCCCCAAGACCAGCCGAGACAACCCGCUUAUGCUGCUCAGCAGAGACCCCGUCAACACCGUCGGACUGAUGUUUGACGACCCGAGUCCUCCUAAAGUUCAGCCACGCUACGAUCUGGAUUUAGAUGCCAGCUAUGCCAAGACGUUUGCAGGUGAUGUGGGGUACCUGUGGAAGACGUCUGAUUCUCUGCUGCUGUGUCAGGAGCUGGUGAGGAAGGGCGCUCGAGGAUUAAACGAGCUGAUUAGAGACGAGUACAGCGAGACGGCACACAAGAAGACGGAGGUGUUUCAAGUGUGUAAUCACUGCAGUCAAACACUGGAGAAAGCUGAACAACUGUGUGAGGUUCUGAUGCAGGGCAACAUGCUGUCGGCAGAAUAUGAUGAAAUCAGAGACAUGAGGAAGAAGGUGAUGAGGCUGUCGAGUUCUCUGAACUCAAUGGAGCAGACGCUGCAGGACAUCAGCGGCAUGUUCCUGUCGGGAGGAACUCUUACAGACACGUGGACGCAACAAGUGGGAACACACCCAGAGGACAGGAACGUGGAGAAGAUUAAAGUUCUACUGGACGACAUCAGCGCGAUCUACCAGCAGUUCAAGAAGGACAAAGCCGAGAGACGUUUGCCUUACAACGAAGAGCAGAUUCACAAGUUUGACAAACAAAAGCUCAUUUUUCAUGCCACUAAAGCGCGAGCGCUCUUCACUGACGAGUGCGCCAUGAAAUAUCGCCUCUUCAUCUCCAAGAGCGAGGAAUGGAUGAAGACGGUUCAUCAUGUGAGGAAACAUCUCGUCUCUCUUAGCACUCAGUUCAUCAGUGUGGAACAGGAAGUAACUGUUCUCGCACAGCGUGUCUAUAAGUUGUUGGAACAGUUACCUCAGAAGAUGAUGCCCAUGACGUCAGGUGGCCUCAAACCACAGGCAUAUCUCAGUCCCAGCACACUGGUGGAGAUGACACUCGGGAUGAAGAAACUGAAGGAGGAGAUGGAGGGUGUGGUGAAAGAGUUAGCGGAGAAUAACCUGUUCCUGGAGAGGUUUGGCACAUUGACGGUUGACGGAGGAAUCCGGAGUGUGGAUCGAAUGUGAUGAUGCACUGAUGAUCUCUGUAAUCCUGUACAUAUGCGGAGAAUGUAUAUACACAAGA